ACCAAGGAGAGCUGGGUGUGAUGCUAGUGAGCGAACAGCCAUUUAUUUGAGAGCAGAGCUCUCUCCCAGCUCUCCGUGCACUCCAAGAGCCUUAAAAACCCCCACCAGCCACUGUGGGGCGGGCGGCUCAUAGUGAAGUAGGAAAUACAGCUGGGAGAAAAGCGGCAGCACACGGCAGUCAGCAUGCGGCUCCUGUUGAGUAUAUUGUACUCCUACCUGUCCCUGACCAUCUUUGGAUUGUAUCCAUCCAUGACCAUUGGGCCAAAAGAGGGCUGGCAGGUGUACAGCUCGGCCCAGGAUGCCGAUGGGCGCUGUAUCUGCACUGUCGUGGCCCCAGAACAAAAUUUGUGCUCCAGAGAUGCCAAGAGCAAGCAGCUCCGCCAUCUCCUGGAGAAGGUGCAGAACAUGUCUCAGUCCAUCGAGGUGCUGAACCUGCGAACCCAGAGGGAUUUUCAGUAUGUGAUGAAGAUGGAGAACCAGAUGAAUGGCCUGAGGACCAAAUUCAGACAGUUUGAAGACAACAGGAAAUCUGUCAUGGCCAGAAACUAUCAGGAGCUCCAAGACAAGAUGGACCAGCUGAAGCCAUUGAUCCCGGUGUUGGAGCAGUACAAGAUGGACGCUACACUCAUCUCUCAAUUCAAAGAGGAGAUCAGGAACCUGUCAGCAGUGUUAACAAGCAUUCAGGAGGAAAUCGGAGUCUAUGACUAUGAUGAGCUCUAUCGGCGGCUCCUGCGACUGGACAACAGGCUCCGCGGCUGUAUGGGCAAAUUAACCUGCGGAAAGUUGAUGAAAAUCAAUGGGCCUGUUACGAUAAAGACCUCUGGAGCCCGCUUUGGGGCGUGGAUGACUGAUUCACUUGUAUCUACAAGACACAACAGAGUUUGGUACAUGGAAGGUUAUACCAACAGUAAGAUCGUCCGAGAGUUCAAGACAAUGGAGGACUUCACGGCAGGAGUGGUCGCUCGCACUUACAGCCUUCCUUUCAAAUGGGAGGGAACCAAUCACGUGGUCUACAAUGGCUCACUUUAUUACAACAAGUACCAGAGCAACAUUAUUGUCAAGUACAGCUUUGAGACAGGCACCGUGCUGGCCCAGCGAGAAUUGGAGUUUGCCGGGUUCCAUAACAUAUACCCGUACACGUGGGGAGGGUACUCGGACAUCGACGUCAUGGCGGAUGAACUCGGCAUGUGGGUCGCAUACGCCACCAACCAAAAUGCCGGGAAUGUUGUCAUUGCCCAGAUCGAUCCGGACACCUUGCAGGUCCUGAACACUUGGAACACCGAAUACUCCAAAAGGAAUGCCGGGGAGUCAUUCAUGAUCUGCGGGACGCUCUACAUAACCAACUCUCACCUAUCGGGAGCAAAGGUUUACUACGCAUACUCCACAAAGACUUCAACAUACGAGUACGUCGACAUUCCAUUUCUCAACCAGUACUUCCAUAUCUCCAUGCUUGACUACAAUGCCAGAGAGAGAGUGCUGUUUGCCUGGAAUAAUGGACACCAGGUCAUAUUCAACAUCACCCUGUUCCAUGUCAUAGAAACAGAUGAUGGCGCUAAAAAGUGAG